AGUCCUUGGUUCAAAAAGAAGAAACUAUUGUAAGCCUCUUUCCUCGCUAGUCUGGAUCCCUUUUCUCCCUCCCUCCCCUCCCCCUCCCCCAUCCUUUCGCUCUUCUUUCCCGGGGCUUUGGAACGUGGUGAAUUGUUUGGAAGUUGGGGACCCUCCCUGCUGGCCCAUGGCUGUGAUCGCUUCUGAACGUGGCCGGGCACUCCCCACAGCCCCGGAGCAGGAGUUCAGCACCGAGGGGUUACCCCGAGCCUUCCUGCAGAGCCUGCGCACCCUCUUCGACAUUCUGGACGAUCGACGGCGGGGAUACGUCCACCUCCUGGAGAUUGAGUCCCGGUGGCAAGGCGCGGACACGAGAGAACUUCCAAGGGGUGUCCUGGAAGGACUGAGGAAGGUUGCCCCAGCCAGCGGGUACCUGACCUUCGAGAGGUUUGUAAUAGGGCUGAGAACUUCUCUGUUGAGUGCUGAAAAUGGGGCCCCUCAUGCCAGAGCCCCGUCGGGGACACGGGGCCAGGCGUCCCAAGCCAAACUGCUUCCCACGGGUCCCGGGACUUGCAAGGCUGGUGCGGGCCAGGGCCGGGGCAAACUGGCCCUUGAGAAGCACCACCAGCGGCUCAUCUUCGCACCCGCAGACGAGCCCCGGACGCUGCUGGAGAAGAAACCUUUGUCCCUGGGAGUUCGCUACCCCCACGCGGGAUCGAGCUGCUCCUCCCGGAGCCUGGAGAAACUCCCCAGCCCUCAGGAAGCUGGGUGUUACCCCGGGGAUUUGGAACGGCCCAAGAGCCAGGCUCUUCAGAGCCCUGGAGGACUGGUCCUGGAGCGAAGUCUGAGCGGAGAUGCAGGCACUGAUGUCUGGACUGUGGGACGAUGCCUUAGUGAAAAUUGUACUGCUGGCGGCUCUGGGAAGCAUCCAAGGGGCCGGGGGGAGCAGCGGCGGCAUACUAUCACCAACGGAGUGGAUUAUGACAUGCUAAAGCAGAUGAAGGAGCUGGAACAAGAGAAGGAUGCACUUCUACAGGGGCUGGAGAUGAUGGAUCGAGGGAGGGACUGGUAUCACCAACAGCUCCAGUGGGUGCAGGAACGACAGCGCCAUCUGACCAAGAACAAGAAAAGCACAGAUUUUGGGGCAGAGGGGAGCCCCAGCCCACUGGGUCAGCUGUUGCCCAAAUUGCAAGAAGUUAUUCGUUGCCUGGGGGAGCUCUUGGCUGCUGCCUGUGCGGGAAGGGUCCAGGCUGUCCCCAGCCCUUGCUCUGCCCCCCCCACAGUAUCCCCUCUUUCUGGGAGACAUCAACAGACCAUACUCAUGCUGAAGGAACAAAACCGUCUUCUAACAAAGGAGGUAACAGAUAAGAGUGAGAAGAUCACACAGCUAGAGCAAGAAAAGUCGGCCCUGAUCAAGCAGCUCUUUGAAGCUCGAGCUCGAAGCCAUCAGGAAGCCAGCCAGCUGGACUCCACCUUCAUCUAAGCCUGUGGGCAAGAAUGCUAGUGCCACGGAGAGCUCUCGCCCUUGUGGUGGGUGUAGAGUCUUUUCCUAGUCCCUGCCCCAGCACAGGCACAUUCUGGGCCGCCUCUGCUUGGUAUGGGCAGAGAUUCAUCAGACUGGCAGAAACUCUGCAUAGCCCCCGCCUCUGGCCAUAGUGGAGGACACCGUUUCUCUCUGACCACUGGGUGUGCAGCCAUGACCAAAGCAAGAGGACUCCUCGUCCAGGCUCUGGGGAGAAGUACCUAUUAAGAGACGUUGGUACCACCUCUGGCAGGAAGGAAGCUCCCUCAGUUAGUCCCAGGGAGUCUUCCCUCCUCUCCCUCUCUCCACUGCCCCUUUCUUCCUUUGGUGAGCCAAGCCUUGAGUAGAAAUCACAUUCCUCCUUCUUGCUACAUGUGUGACCUAGCUCCAAAUCACUUUAUUUUCCUGACUUUCAAUUUCCUCCCUUGUAAAAUGAGACUGAAGGGAUAACCUCAUAGGGUCAUUUUAAACCUUACAACAGGGGUCCUCAAACUACGGCCCGCGGGCCAGAUGCCGCAGCUGAGGACGAUUUUCCCCCUCACCCAGGGCUAUGAAGUUUCUUUAUUUAAAGGCCCACAAAACAAAGUUUUUGUUUUUACUACAGUCAGGCCCCCCAACAGUUGUUGUUGUUUUCACUAUAGUCCGUCCCUCCAACAGUCUGAGGGACAGUGAACUGGCCCCCUAUUUUAAAAGUUUGAGGACCCCUGCCCCUGAACUGGGCUGUUUUCUCAAUGUCUCUUCUCUCCCCACCCUCCCCCUGUCUUGGUCUGUUCUCCUCAAAGUAGAGACUGUCUUGAAAAGAAAAUGGACUGUUAGGAGUAGUCUUGAGACGGGAGUAUCCCUUUCUCAGGGCCGAAGUCUAGGGGGCUUGCUGUAUGGAACCCUUAUCCCCAUUAGCAAUUACUGGAACCGUGGCUGAGAGGAAGAGGGCUGGAGAGGCUAUUCUUUGUUAGGGAAUGGAGGGUAUCCAGAACAUACCCUCUUCCCCUUCCCCUUCCCCCCUUCAAAGUGUUUACAGGGAAAAUCCUAGAGCAUUUAUGUAAGAAUGGGUUUUUUAUGGUGAUUGCCCCACUGUUGGGAAUGGGUAUAGCUGCUAUCUGUCUGUAGUAAAGUUGCACAUCAGUCCAGAUGUUUUCACUCUUAGCUACAUCCACUUCUAAGCACUGAAUCUUGAAGUGAAGGGGUGUUCCAGGAGAAACCACAGGGGGACUUGCCGUAUGAGACAUUUUUUAGGAAGUAAUUCCCCACUGUACCCCUAGAGGGCAAAAUACUCAGUCCAAAGUUCCCAACAGUUGGUUAGAAGGUAUCUAAUAAACACCUACUGUAUUCUGUAAAGUGCCAGACCUGAGGGCAGGAAGACCUGAGUUAAAAUAUGACCUCAAGCACUUAGUAGCUGGGUGACUGCUGUUUGCCUCAGUUUCCUCAUCUGGUAUAGGAAAGGGCAAAUCACUGCAGUUUCUGUGCCAAGAAAACCCCAAAAGGGUCGGGAAAAGUUGGACAGGGCAGAAUAUGGAUCAC